CUCGGGGCUGGCCAAGAAGUAGGCCGAAGUUGUAUUAUGAUAGAGUUUAAAGGAAAAAAGAUUAUGCUUGAUAUUGGCAUACACCCUGUGCAUAGAGUUUGUGGCACUUUUCAAUUGUGGUAAACACAGAAGUCGGUGCAAAUCCCCUUGCUGCAUGGAACCUCACAUGUAUAGCUUCGUUAAAGCCCCGGAUUCAGUACUCAGGUUUGAGAAUUACGCUUUGAUUUUAAAUUGGCGUCAACGGAUACAAGUGUCACGUGGCAGCAUAAUAGGCAACCGAAUAUUUCAUUGGAAGAACAUAUCCCGGUGCCAAAAGUACCGGAUGCUCUGUUAUUUCUCUCUCACCUGCUCUUUGGACGCACUUUAUAGUAGUGUGACUAAAGGCCAUUUAAUACAGAUAAUUUUAAUAGAAAUAGCUCAUUUGUUAUAAAGACUUAAGCAUACUUGCACCGUAAUGGAAGCCUAAUGUCUAAUUAGAAUAAAAAUAUAAUUCUAUUGACUGUUAAGAAAGAUAAUAGAAACUAUCUAAAGCUAAAGAAAGUUCAGAAAUGAACAAGUAGUUUCACAUAUUUCAAAUUCUGGCCAUGCGUUUCCUUUAUUUAAGAGACUUGUGUUUGGACCAAACGUUCCACUGCGAAUUCUAAUAUUAUGUCCAACCCGUAUCCUAGCAAUCUCGUGUAAUGGUCUCAAAUUCAUAGACUCUGAAAAACCCAAGAAUUAAAACAACUCGACCUUAUAUUAUCUAGUGGUAUUAGGCAAAAAGAAUAAUGUAGUAAUGCCAGUACAACUAUACAAAAGGAAAAAUGCGAAAACUGAUACGAGCACACCAUACUUAUUUGGACAAUCACACGUUUUUUUUUUAUUCCUAACCUAAGCAAAGCUGAAUAUAACUUGGCUGAGUUUUUUUUAUCAUGGGUUACUUAUACCAAGAUAGGGUAACAUCAAUGGUAUAAAAAAAUGGUAUAACAUAUUUCCUAUCGAAGAGUUUAGUCGAAAACGGUUACUAUGUAAGCCGUUCAAGGCGCGUAAUACUAAUAUAUUAAGACAAGUUACAUUUAAAUGAACGCGUAGAAACUAUAACCUCUCUUGUGUAUAACCUAGUCAUUUAUGUAAAUCACUGCACAGGAAUGAACGGCGUAGAUGCGCUGCCGUUCGUGGACCAAAUCGAGGCUGAAGAAAUUGAUCUCCUACUUGUUUCGCACUUCCAUCUCGACCAUUGCGGAGCAUUGCCCUGGUUCCUAUUAAAGACGACAUUUAAAGGGCGGUGCUUCAUGACACACGCCACAAAAGCUAUUUAUAGAUGGUUGUUAGCUGAUUAUAUUAAAGUUAGUAAUAUUGGCUCGGCAGACAGCAAUAAUUUGUACACGGAGGCCGAUCUGGAGGCUUCUAUGGAUAAAAUCGAGGUGAUCAACUUCCAUGAGCAGAAAGAAGUUAACGGCAUCCGCUUCUGGUGUUAUCAUGCCGGCCACGUUUUAGGAGCGGCAAUGUUCUUUAUCGAAAUUGCCGGCGUCAAAGUCCUGUAUACGGGCGACUUUUCACGACAAGAGGAUCGACAUCUGAUGUCAGCGGAAAUACCGAGCGUCAAACCCGAUGUCCUCAUUAUCGAGUCGACUUAUGGUACGCAUAUUCACGAAAAACGUGCCGAGAGAGAGCAUCGUUUCACAUCGCUUGUACAAGAUAUUGUCACACGAGGCGGCCGCUGCCUUAUACCAGUGUUCGCGUUAGGUCGAGCACAGGAAUUGUUACUUAUAUUAGACGAGUUCUGGAGUCAACAUCCGGAGUUGCAAGAUAUUCCAAUCUACUAUGCCUCUUCGUUAGCCAAAAAAUGCAUGGCUGUCUACCAAACGUAUGUAAAUGCAAUGAACGACCGCAUUCGGAGGCAGAUCGCCGUUAACAAUCCGUUCGUGUUCAAGCAUAUCUCGAACCUUAAAAGCAUUGAUCACUUCGAGGAUGUUGGACCUUGUGUCGUGAUGGCUAGUCCUGGUAUGAUGCAAAGCGGUCUAUCCCGCGAGCUGUUCGAGUCAUGGUGUGGAGACUCGAAAAACGGUGUCAUCAUUGCUGGCUACUGUGUGGAAGGAACCCUUGCCAAGCAGAUCCUUUCUGAACCAACUGAGGUGACUUCAAUGAGUGGACACAAAAUGCCUCUAAAAAUGACAGUAGACUACAUUUCGUUCUCGGCCCACACAGACUAUCAACAGACAUCAGAGUUUAUUCGUGCUUUGAAACCACCUAAUAUCGUGCUCGUUCACGGAGAACAGAACGAGAUGUCGCGAUUAAAAGCAGCCAUCGAACGCGAAUAUGAGGGCGAGGAUGUUAAGAUGGACGUCUUCAAUCCCGCUAAUGGACACGCUGUCUCAUUAAAAUUCCGAGGUGAACAGCUUGCCAAAGUCAUGGGAUCGCUCGCCGUCGAGAAACCCGUGCCAGGACAGAAGAUCAGUGGUAUCCUCGUGAAACGAAACUUUAACUACCAUUUGAUGGCACCUGCAGAUCUAGGCAAGUACACCGAGCUUGUCCAAUCAACCGUUCAGCAAAAAGCUUCGCUCUCGUAUCAGGGAACGUUUCGGGCACUUCACUUCUUUAUUUCGAAGGUUCUCACAGUAAAGGUGGUCGAGCUAGGCCGGGUCCUAAAUAUAAUGGAUCGUAUUACUCUGACAAUGGACGACAAGAUGGUUCUGCUCGAAUGGAGCAGCUCGCCGGAUAAUGACACGCUGGCGGAUGCGGUCGUCACCUGCGUUAUUCGGGCACAAAGUAGUCAUGCUGAAGUGCCAAAGGGGGUCGCCGAAUACAAGGUGGAUAAAAUGAAGCUUUCAGAUUUGAUGCUUAAGAUGUUACGUGAUAUGUUUGGUGAAGAAUCGGUGUCCAACGUGGUUAAAGGGGAACGAAUGACAUUGACUGUCAGUGGGAAAAGGGUUGAUAUUUGCCUAAAGGAAUUGCGAGUGUCAUGUCCAGAAGACAAAACACUUGAAACUAUCGUCGGUAACUCCGUGAUGCGGAUGUACGAUACGUUGAUGCCGUGUAAAUAAUAACUGUAACAAUGAAGUCGAGCAACUGCUAGUACAGUGAUUCCAACAGUCUGCGGUACAAUUAACACAGUGUUGAUUACUUAACACACCAGGCAUUAUUGCUGUCGGGUGAAUUUAAUUCGUGCGUGAUCAGCAAUUAGAUAUAUUAUCAUUGGAUUUACUUGAAGGAUAUCACGUCAAUUGAGGCUCUAGUGAAAUGAGAUUCUGAAAGAAUCAGAAUAAUAUCGAAGUGUAACAUUUGUGAAUACUGCCUGCAAUUGCUAUUGUAGAUAAAGUAGAAGCACAAUAUUGAGUAAAUAAACACGUAAUUGGGUAAAUAAAUAUGAAUAGACAAUUUUA